AAACAGUUGAUUCUAAUGUCGCAGCACACAGUAUUGUUGAGAACGUCGAAGAAAUGCGUAUCUUGAGUGCUCUGAGUCUGAUCGCUUUUAUGGGCGUAACCCUAAUAUCUACAAAGUCAAUAUCAAGCAAACAGAAAGAUUCGAAAAUAGAUACAAUGAUGGAGAACUUGCUGUUGCUUGAGAAAUUGGCCAAUGAAUCAUAUUAUUCACCAGAUCCCAGCACAAAGGUGACUUAUUUAACUAAGGAACCAACUGGAGCGGAAACUAAGGAACCAACUGGAGAGGAAACUAAGGAACAUACUGGAGAGGAAACCAAGGAACCUGCAGGAGAGGAAAUAAAAAGUCUGACCGGAGAAGCUGGAGAAGAUGAGGUCGAAGAUGAGGAGGAGAUAGAUGAAGCGUCUCUGGAUAGACCAACUGAUGACCUAGCAGUUAUGUACCUAAACUAUCCCAAGCACGAACCGGACUUUAAGGCUUACCCAAGGUUUGCAAUCCUCCGAAAUGGCUAUGUGCAUCACAUGAACAUGGACUUUUAGUCAACGCAUUUCAUCACAAAACAAAUGCUAUUGACUUGUUCUCCAGAACAAAGCCAGUUUAUGUCGAUAGAUGGGGAAAUUCCGACUACAGUCAGCUUUGCACAGCUGCGACUCUGAAUAAAGUUUAGAAGAUUGCUACCUGA